UCACGUUGCCAUCAGUGGCUGUGAUGCAUCACGUGAUAAUGUUCACGGUGUCACACCCAUUGUGACGCGGGGUAUCCGGGCACAGUAUCCUCGGAGGAGGCGCUGGGAUGGACUACUUCUCCAAAUUCCUUCGUACUGGGGCGCAGUCGACGCCAAAGCCACCUACAGAUCAUGCGCUAGAGUUUCACAAGUCCUGGAAUCUCAUCAAGAAUACCUUACUGUAUCCUGACGAACGGCAACUGAGUCGAGGAAUAAAAUCCACGGAUGUUCCGGCUCACCUUCAAUCACUUGUUGAUACUCUUGUUCUUGAGUCGACGCGAACGGAGGAAGGCACGACGGGGGUUUGUCUGGAGUACCUUCUUAAGAAUGAUGUACUUGGUACCCUCGUUCGAUUGAGCGAAACAGAUCGACCGUCUGGCAUUCAGGCUGAAGUUCUCCGGGCCGUCCAGAACAUGGUCGUACUGUUGGAUGAACAAUUUCUUGUACACUCUGCGGUGCAUAGAGCUGUUCUAAGGCUAUUGCGAAAUUGCGUUGGGGAUGAUAUCCAGGAGCAACUGGAUGGCCGCAACAAGGUCAUGGGCGCCGCGGGUAAUGCUGUGAGGAGUCAACCGUCCGAGUAUGAAGAAGACUUGGUCAAUCUUCUUUGUAUUCUCUGCAGUCGUAUUCGAACCUACCGCGAGCUAUUGAUGAUAUUCUUCCACGACAAACAUUGGUACCGUUCAGAACCGUUAUUUUCUGUUGAAGAGGAAAAUGAGGAUGAGGAUGAAGAGGAUGAGGACUUAAGAAACUCACCACCCAGAUCUCCAUCGCCUUCUCCCUCCCAAGCAACCGUGACAUCAGCGCCAGCUUCAUCAUUGACGAAGAAACCCGAGUAUGAGUUUCUCCUGUUCAACUAUCUACUGCGUUUCGUGCAUCGUGAAGGUCAAAUAGGUGACUUUGCGCGUGCAGGUUUACUUUUUCUCAUGGACGUUGCCAUGUCCCCGGGAGAGCCCGUGCAUCGUCUAACCGGUGAUGAUUCUUCAUCGUCCAAGUCGGUAUCAUCUCCGGCGGACCCAAUCACGGAUGCUGCUCUGGCAUUAGCAGAGUACAUUCUCGACGGUGAUUUUUCAGAGGUCCUUGGUGCUGGCCUCGGAGCAGUCUAUUCCCUCCUUCCAACCAAACUUGAGUACCCUCCUCCUAAAAGCACUCUGGAGAAUGCCAUGGUCAUCGGUAGUACAGGUCUCGAGGACGAGGAUGAGAGGGAAAUGAUGGAAGUUGCUAGAGCCAAAUCUCUCGCUAUGGGAGUGGAAGAUGCCACGAAUCCAGACUUCCGAUCUCGCUUGGACCACUUCUUGAAACUCUUGGAAUUUUUGCAGGAUGUUCUUCGGCGAAACGUCGUUCAUGACUCCGUAGAUGCCUCGUCUCUUGUUGGCACAGCCAUCGUUCACUCCAUCCUAGAUGCGGUCCGCCGGAUAUUCCUCGAAAAUGUUUUGUACCCAUCGGUGUUAGAGUGCUCAGACACUGACGGUAGCGCAGUUGCGGUCAUGUCUUAUAUCGAGGUCAUGAUUCGAACCCUGCAAGACGGUCAGCUUGCCGAUGUUCUUAUCGACUUUCUCAUUAGUGAGGAUAAUGACGAGGUGCGGCUGAAGCCGCGACAGAAUUCGGUGCUGAACUUGAACACCAGUUCUGCGCCGCCACAAGCCAGCUCGACCACGGCUAAGCAGCAGAAGUUGAGGCGACGCAAAAGCAGCGCUAUGGUUCUAUUGGAGAUGGAAGCACCUGAUGCCCAAAAGCAGUCAGAAUAUUUUACCUCGAUGGGUCGGUUUACUCUUAAGGAUCUCCUGCUGACGAAUCUUCGGUCAAAGUCACAACCAACAGCAACAUCUGCUCUCCAACUCUUCCAGUCAUUACUGCUGCAACGUCCACAGCUGUGUAUAGACAAGAUCAUGAUCGUCAUUUUCGAUCCCAAAGCAACUAGUUUUCCCCACCCUGCCUUGAUACCAAGCGCUGUUGAUUCAACCCCGUCGGUAGAGAAUGACGAAGACGAGGAAACAUUCGUUUAUCCGGGCUCAGAGGAGCCUAGCGUCCCUCUGGAAACCUCUCGUCCUCUAUUCUAUCAGCCAGAAACGACAUAUUCCACCCACGAGCGGGAAAUGGGCCUUUAUCUCACACUGGUGUCCCGAGUUGAUCCUUCGCACAAUGCUGAUCCUUUUAGUACGGGGUACGACCAUUAUCUUGGUGAUGCCCUUAUCUCGAUACAAAACCAACCCGCAUUUCGUGCUGGCCUCCUACCUGAUCCGGAGGCAGGUCAAAGCAGAAAGCACCGACUCAAUGUCCAUGACCCUAUCCUUGACCUCAUUCUUGAUUCUCUUAGGAAAUUCUUUUCAAAUACUCCUGAAUUCAACAUUGCGCUGACGGGUGUGCUAGCGACGCUCGCAACGCAUCCAGAUAGAUCACUGGCCGGGUGGCUGACGUUUGCUGUCAACGAUUCGCUUCCCACAGAAGGAAGGGAUUGGUCAGGCACAUACGAUGACGGGGAUGAUCGUUCAGUGGAUUUCCAGAUCGAAGAACAACUCGAGGCAGAAACCCAGGGUUUGCCGGCUUCAAGCAUGGAUGAGAACUCGAGACCUGUCGUACACACGAUCUUCCAUGGGCUCGUAUCCCAGUUAGAGAAGUACCGGCAGGUUGUUGAUGAUUUUGACAAAUUUCUACUCGAGCGCCGGCAAGGACUACUGUUUUCUGAGAAUCUCAAUGAUGCCUUGUCAUUGGCUAUCGAGAUGUCCAGCGAGCAGGGACGACCUGUACAACCGGUAGAUCCCGUCACGCAACCGCCACCUACGAAACCCAAAUCCAAGUCUUCAGCUUCCUCUUCCGCAUCCGCCCUCGUGUCUUUCUUAACACCCAAAAAGAGCAAGGCUAAAGCGAGCGUUGUGUCGUCCGAACCAUCUACGCCCCCCAAGACGUCGGAGAAUAAGAACCUCUUAACGAGCCCUUUCGGAGCUCAUUAUCAGAAGACGAGGUCUAUCACCGUAGAGCCUCUCAUAGCGCCUGCACCCUCCUCGGGUCCAUGGUCGCCCUCGAAGAGAUCCUGGAACGCUGAGGAAGAGGAUGUCUUUAGUUCAGGUUUCGUGGACAAGCAGGAGCCCAAUCCCUUUGUUGAGGAAGACGAAGCUGAGGUGAAGGAGAGUAUACCCACAGUGACACUAUCUCGAUUGCUGGACAAUGUUGUGAUUCUAGAGGAGAGCAUGAAGGAGCUGGUUGCUAUCAUCCAUGCUCGACGAAGCUUGGGGAUUGAUUCUGUUCGAUAUUUAUAAUUUUUUCUGCUCUAACGGUUUUUACUAUCUGUAUCAGCUAUCUAUUGGAUUCGCGCAUGCUCUGAAAGUGUAUCAUAACAGUAUGUAUGUUGUCAAAUCUAGAAAGAGAGCGGUCUGGAUCACUGUUCUCGAACGGUGUCACUACUCGGGAAGUUAUUGUGUUUGACUCUGGCAGCGCUCUAGACCUCUGUCUAUGCAGGCAC